CAUCAGUAUUCUAGUUACAACCGGCUGGGAUAUACGCAUUUUUUUUUACAAUAAUAAUUCAAAUUCUGUUGUGCAUUACUCUCCAAACUAAUUCGAAAUUCGAAAUCUAGUGCUAUCCUUUUCCACGGGGAGUGUUAUGAAAGGGAUAGGCAAUUUAAAAGACCUGUCUUUUUAUUUAAUUUGGAGUGUAGGAACCUACAUCAGAAUUAAACACAAUUUCAACGUAAUUAUUGGUGUUUUGACAAACUUUUUUGUGCGCGGAAAAGUUUUCGUGUUAUCAAAGGCGGCCAUCUUUAACCUAUUUCCAAUAUGUCAGAUGCGGACAAAGAUAUAAAUCAAGAUGAAGACACUUCUGACGAUAGUAGUAAUACCUUCAAACUAAAAAUAUCAACUGAGCAACUAAUUCAAGCAGUACAUAGCAGGAGUUGUCUAUGGAACAAGUAUGAUGUUACUUAUAGGGACAAGAAAGCAAGGGACAAAUCCUGGACCGAAGUCUAUAAGGAAGUCUUUCCGGAAUUUGAUAUGCUGAAGGAAAUCAUGAGGUCUAGAGUCGGUCAACAAAUAUCAAAAAAAUGGUUCAACAUCCGAGACGCAUACGUCAAAGCAUCAAAACAGAGAAGAUCCUACAUCUACAUGAAUAUCCUAGGUUUCCUAGAUCCUGUUAUACAAGGAGACAAGAGCGGGGCCCAAGAGUCAUUUCUGGAUGAUGCGGAUGACCAAAACGAAAACUGGUUCCAAACAUCGUUCGUUGAUAUAGACGAAACGCCAAAGAAGAAGAUUAAAAGAGAUAAAAUAGAGGUUACUGAUAAGGAUUAUCUAGAAAUAAUUGAGCCGGAUAACAAUAGUCUAGUUGCUAUACUUGCUAGAUUAGUUGAGAAAGAGGACGAUGACGACAAAUUAUUCUUCACGUCUCUCAUACCGUCAGUGAAGUCGUUGACAGAAAAUGCCAAGUUCGAGUUCAAAAUACAAGUUAUGAAAUUGUUGAAAGAGUUUAAGAUGAAGGAUAAAGUAGGCGGGUUUGUUAAAAUGCGUGACAGUGAUACUGAUUAGAAGUUAGAUAAUCCACUGCUGGAUAUACAGGGUGUUACAAGAACGCUCGCAAAAAUGAAGACAAGUGAUAGUACUGAUAAGG